UUCCUGGAAUCACAAUGGAACACCUUGGGGGUCACAUAUUGUGACUCCAUGGAAACAGCUGUGGGUGGAGCUUCACCCAUGACAUCAUGGGAGGAAGAGGAGGUACAGUAUAAGAGGGCUUUCUCCUCCUCAUCACUCUUUGGGCUUCCAUGCAGGAUGGUCUGAGUGUUCCUUUGAUGAAGCAACUGAAAACGGAAAACAGUGAUCGAGUCCCAUCACAUAGUGUGAGGACCAAACGCUGUGCCUGCAGCAGCCAGCUGGACUCUGAGUGCCACUACUUCUGCCACCUGGAUAUCAUCUGGGUCAACACACCCAGUAAGACUAUAGUUUAUGGGCUUGGAAACGGUCUGUCUCGUCGCAGAAGGUCCGCUGGACGUUGCUCUUGUGCCACCAGUGAUGAUCAGACUUGUAUGCAUUUCUGCAGCAACAGCUUUGAAGUCACUUCCUCAAAGAGAUCUGUGAAGAAACGUCAUCUCAACAUCCUCAGCAUCUUAAGAGCUGUGGCCAUCAGAUCAUCAGAAAGAACCCAGAAUUCAGCUGAUUCAGGAAGAGAUGAGUCCUCCGAUGCCGGGGCAAAGAACGCUCACUAAACAUCGUGAGAGGGUGUGAGCACUCGAACAAAUGAUUCCCCUUUGAUAGACGGGACGGAAUCAAAGGGCUGCGGAGAGAUGUGUCUGAUGCAGGAAGGCCGAAGCGCCACAGAGAUGUCUGUUUGUACCCAGGAAUACGUGGGUGGAGAGUCUGACGGUCUGCAGAUACAUCAUGGUAUAAAGAUGUGGAGGUUCAGCAGUGAGAGGAGCUACUGUGACUCUGGACGUUUGGUGUCUAUGAGUCUGAACAGAGUCUGAACAGAGUCUGAGCAGAGUCUGAACAGCUGUGUUUAUGUUGGUGAAUGGACAGGCCAGGCCAACGCUGAUGCAGAGGAAUGCAACACAAGGACUGAAUAUACAUACAUGCAUAGUGCACACAGAGGUGCAGGACUCACAUACCUAACAUAGGUUUACUCAGUCUUUUUCUUAUCAUUUCAUUAUUUAUAUUGUUUAUGGUUACUUUUAGUUUUAUAAGUUAAGACUUUAUUUUAUGUAUUCAUUUUACAAUUUAAGGGAUUUUAAGGACAAAAAA